UCUUUGACUGUUCUUCGUUUACUGCCAUAUAGGACGAGAAAAUAGAAUAAAAAGGUGUCCCAUCUUCCCCGCCCUAUAUGUAAGUCGUGGUAACAAUGUCUCAAUGAAAUAAAACAAGUGUUGGUUGUAAUACUGUUAAUAUAUAAAAAGUCACUUGUUGCUUAGCUUGUUAUGUUGUAAAAUAUACAAUCAAUGUUUUUUACGAAACGGUAGUGGAGUUGGUGGAGUUGUAGUUAAAUAUUUUACAUACCGAUUAUAAUAUAUUAUAACAAAUAUGUUGCGCAAGAAUUAUAAGAUAAGUUAGGAAUAAAUACAAGAUGGACGCUUUGGCACAUAUUAUCCAAAUAUCUUGAUCGUGUUUUAAACAAUAACAACGGUCUAUAAAAGUCUUGAGGACUUGCUGCAUAAAAUCCGCACAGUGCAUCCACUAAACUUGGCGUUUUUAAAUUUAGACAGCACAUUUAAAUUACCGGUGCAGAUUAUUGAAAAACAAAGAAAAUAGAAAAAAUAUGAAAAACGGGACCAUAGUACUUGUAUACGCGUCACGCUGUUUUUUAAUACUUGGAAAAUAUGAAGCAUCAAACUGUAUUCGGGUUAUUCAAAACUUUUGCGUCACUUCCUUUUCUUUUAACUUUACUUAUUACGACGUUUCAAUAAAUCUGUUUCAUUUAAUUAUGGUCCUAUGACACAUUGCGUCAAAAGAAGAUGGUUGUUAUAUGGUGUUAAAUAUAGACAACGGCCGGUUCAUUCAGUAUGGGUUUUGCUAUAGACAGUCGAUAGAAUUUGCAAAAGGAAACCUACGAAAGUUAGCAAAGCUACGCAGUAAACAUCGCUCUGCUUUUGUAUUGUAUUUUUUGCAAUUAUACCAAUAUAGCGUUGUUUUCUGUAUUGUGAUUUUGACCCUUUAAUAAGUUAUUUGCAACACACAGGUUCUGCAAGAUAAUUAACAUAUAUUGCUGCGCUGGGGUUAAUAUGAGGUAUAUUACGAAUAAACACAAAAUGCUAUCACUGAUAUUAUUUCUACAGCUUCAAUAUUCCUAUGUCCUUCCACUCAGAUAUAAUGAUCUGGGGUGUUGGUUGGACCGUUAUACGGUGUCCAGAGCUGUUCCAGCAUUGGAAGGAACAGAUCCGACGCUUACAGGCAAUUACCAAUUAAGAACUGAUGCCAUCGAAAAGUGCGCUCGUGUUGCUUGGUCAAGAAACUACGAAGUAUUCGCUAUGCAGUCUGGUGGUUGGUGUGGCAGCUCUGCUAACGCAAGGUCAACGUAUAAGAAAUACGGUAACUCUUCAGUUUGUGCAGCUGACGGGAGAGGCGGACCUGGUGCAAAUCAAGUCUACGAAAUUCUUGUUCGAACAGUGUCUGGACAAUCUGAAAAAAAGCUCGUCUCAAACAACCAAGUGGCGUACUGGAACGUAAUGUACAAAACAUGUUUAUCGGCUCCACCAAUGAAAGUAAGCGCCACAGCGACACCAAGCGAUCAAAGUUUCCCGCAUAGAUUCAAUGUUACCAUCGUCGACAUUCAAAGAUACAGCGUGCUUGUUAGAUUGAAACGAAUCGAUCAAGAUACGGGAUGGGAUAAAAUGCCCAUAACAGUGAACUGGGUGUUACGUGAUCUAGAGUUGUAACAUAUUACCGUCUAUAUCUUUGUACAACAUUAUUUACAAAUCGUAACUCCAGACUACAGCAUCUUCCCCUUUAAUUAAAUACGCGAUGGGCAAACACGCUCUUAUAUAGGCCUAUAUAAUUUGUGGCCCUUUUACAGGAGUUUACUAAUACCUUUUAAUAUGUACGUCAAAUUGCCUUAUACAUAAUAUUUGGAACAUACAUACUGUAUUAUUUUUAUAAAUAUAUUCAUAAAGGCGUAAGCACAAAACUAUAAUAAAAUAUUACAAAACGUGUAUCUUGGUGCUGAAUUAAUUCAUGUCUUGCUGGGAGCGUUGGUGGGCUGUCGUAUAUUUUAAAAUACGCCCUGGUUCCAACUGAUGCGACUUGCUGCAAAAUCCGCACAUAGUGCAAUCUCUUAAACUUGGCGUUUUUUGAAUUCAAGAGAGCACUUUUGAAUCGCCGAUGCAAUUAAAAGUAUUGAAAAACAAACGAAACGAAAAAGUGAGCAUUAAUACUUGUAUAUACGUUACGCUAGUUUUAACAUAAUACUAAUAUGAAGCAUCAAACUGUAUCCGUGUGACCCAAAACUUUAGCCUCACUUCCUUUUCAUUUAACUUUACCUAUUACGACCUUUUUAGUAAACCUGUGUUGUUUAAUUUCCUAGUCCAAUGACGCAUUGAGUUAAAAAAAGGGUUGGUUGUAAUAUACUGUUAAUCUAGACAACAGCCGGUUCAUUUAGUAUAGGUUUUGCUGUAGAAUAGUCGAUAGAAUUUGCAAAAAGGGGAGUCUAUAUUGCUGCGCUGGGGUUAUGAGAUAUAUUACGAAUAAACACAAAAUGCUAUCAAUGAUAUUAUUUCUACAGCUUCAAUAUUCCUAUGUCCUUCCACGUAAGUACAAUUUUAAAUGAUAAAGUUUUUUUUGAUUCAACACACGAGAAAAUGACAGUCGCUACAUAACACGGGUGUUCUGUUUCACACAUCCCUACCCGGGUACAGUAACCACGCAUGUAACUUUGAGGAUAAAUAUUUAGAAUAUUUUUUUUACACUGAUGGGUUGAGGCACCUGAGGUAAAGUUUCUUUCCAAGGACCCACACGCCCACUGUUGGUAGAAGCAUCAAGCAUUGUAACCCGUAAACACCGGCUAAGAGGCAGACGCACGCUAUAACCACUUUAAACGACUUGUCUUGACGAAAACUGAAAUUUUACUUACUAACGACGUCUUUUUUUACUUUUUUUUUAUUUAAGUCAGAUAUAAUGAUCUGGGGUGUUGGACGGACAUGGCUCUGUCCAGAGCUAUUCCAACUUUGGAAGGAACUGAUCCAACUCUUUCAGACAAUUACAAAAUAAGAAGUGACCCCAUUCUAAAAUGCGCACGUGUGGCUUGGGCAAGAAAAUACGAAGUAUUCGCCGUACAGGUACAAUGCUUCUAAGUUAUAUGCUAUUGCUUCGAUUCUAUAGACACAAGACGAUUUAAUCUGUAUAACCCAAACGUCCGAGUAACCUUUAGAUGUCCGGCGCCGUGGCAUAGUGCUGGUUAGCGCGCGCGCCUGACUGUAUAACCAAUUAGUAAUGGGUUUAAGGCUCGACGCUGCUACCAUUGUGGGCGUAUGUGUCCUUGGGCAAGACACUUAACGACAAUUGCUCCAACCCAGUGGUCACUGAUGGGUUGUCAAAAUUA